UGUAACCGUUCAGUUUAACCGCAAACUAAGGGCGCUCUGUUUAAAGUCGACAUCUGUGGGUUCGAAUAUCUCAAAGAUAUUAUAGCCAUGUCAGAAAAUGCAGAACAAUCAUGCAGUUACUGCCAUGAGAUCAUUCGACAGCUUCAACAGAAACUUGUUUGUCACGAGUGCUUAAACACUUUUCACCGUACAUGUAUAAUUGAUAUCUCACAGAACAAAUUUUUCAAAAUGAGAAAAGAUGGUUCUAUCAACCUAUGGCAAUGUUCUGCCUGCAAGGACAGGAGUGUGUCAAAAGGAAAGGUACCUGUAAUAAUGGGAACACAAACAAAGUCACCAGUAUCCACUGUUGCUGUAAACAUGGGAACAACAACAGAGUCACCAGUAUCCACUGUUGCUGUAAGCAUGGGAACAACAACAAAGUCACCAGUAUCCACUGUAGCUGUAAGCAUGGGAACAACAACAGAGUCACCAGUAUCCACUGUUGCUGUAAGCAUGGGAACAACAACAAAGUCACCAGUAUCCACUGUAGCUGUAAGCAUGGGAACAACAACAGAGUCACCAGUAUCCACUGUUGCUGUAAGCAUGGGAACAACAACAAAGUCACCAGUAUCCACUGUAGCUGUAAGCAUGGGAACAACAACAAAGUCACCAGUAUCCACUGUUGCUGUAAGCAUGAUAACAACAACAGAGUCACCAGUAUCCACUGUUGCUGUAAGCAUGGGAACAACAACAAAGUCACCAGUAUCCACUGUAGCUGUAAGCAUGGGAACAACAACAAAGUCACCAGUAUCCACUGUAGCUGUAAGCAUUGGAACAACAACAAAGUCACCAGUAUCCACUGUAGCUGUAAGCAUGGGAACAACAACAAAGUCACCAGUAUCCACUGUUGCUGUAAGCAUGGGAACAACAACAAAGUUACCAGUAUCCACUGUUGCUGUAACUAUGGGAACAAAAACACUGUCAAGAGUAUCCACUGUUACUUCAUUAGCAGUAAAUGGCCCGGAAAGAAGCAACCCUUUCAACACCAUUACCCCACCAAGUUCAGCUGAGAUGAUACCUACAAUGCAAGCGUGUGCUGAAUCAUCAGCUUAUGUCUUAGUGACUGAUACUCCUUCACCUAAUCCAAUUGCUUCAGUAUCAUCCAGUAGAAAAAGGUUGCCAGCUGUGACUUCCAGUACAUUAUUGGUGUCAAGUCCAGAAAUGUUGCGAGGCUCUGAAGUGUCUUCACCCGCAAUUCUGUCUUUAAUUACACAGCAGACAGUCACUUCUUCAUCAACAACAGAUUUGUGUUCGAAAACUUCACCUCAUAUUCAGAAGACACCAGCAGCAACUUCUGCAUCAGCCAAAAACGGAAGUGAUAUAAAGUACCAGUGUUGCAUCGACCAUAGACCAUUGAGCACAAUCCACUCAACCACUCAAAACUCAUGUAAUGGAAGGCAGUUUACCAAUCUACCGCUUUAUGAAGAGUUUGUGAAUGUAUUGGAACCUACAAAGAUCAGAUUGAAUAAAGUACACUCCUUUUUUGUGGAAACGAUGAAAACAACUCAUUUGAAAGGCUGGAAGGACAACCUACAACAGCAUAUGACUGAUUUACGCGAAGGAAAAAUAAAAGUGCUUCUUAGGAUGUGCAGGAACCAGAAGGGACCUCAGGAGGACUGCUUUCCUGCUGUAUCUAUCAGAGUCAACGGUGCAUUCGUGAAACUCAUGAGUCAGAGAGACUUGGACAAGAAGACAGCGAAGCAUGAACCAGUUGACAUCACCAUUGCAGUCUGUCGCAUGAACAACUUCAUAUUGCUCAAUAUUGACAAAAGCUCUGAUGCAGUAGACAUUGAUAGCCUUAUUUCAAUAGUGGCAGUUAGACCAAAGCCAACAGAGGCCAUUAUGAAAGAGCUAAAUAUUCACCACCCCGACCACACCAGGGACCUUGUAAAGAAGCACCUGGGAUCGCAUGAAGAUGAUAUCUGCACAACCAGUCUGCGAGCAAGCCUCUACUGCCCAAUAGGUAAGAUGCGUCUGACGAUCCCAUGUCGUGGCAGGGAGUGCAGCCACAUCCAGUGUGUGGAUGCCACCACAGUCCUGGGCAUGAUGAAACUGCGACCAAAGCUGAAAUGUCCAGUCUGUGACAGGCCCGCUCACUUUGAAGAACUCUACAUAGACGGCUUAUUCAAGGAGAUACUGGAGACUGUGGAUGAGAAAGUAGAGGAGGUCACAUUUUCAAAGGAUGGCUCUUGGUCGUGCAAAAAGGAGAAGGAGGACUGUAUUGAGAUUGAUAAUGAUACCCUGAACCAGUCUGUGGCAGACAUGAGCAUCAUUGACCUGACAGAGACAGACACCGAGGCUACCCCGAUAAAGAAGAAGCCUCUCACAGACAACACUGCCCUACUAAACAAGGCCAGCGCGAUGUUUAACAAGGCCAGCACGAUGUUUACCAUCAGCAAUACUACAAAUAUAUGCACGUCUAAUACAAGCAAAAGCUGUGAUGAAAUGAGGAGAGUCAAAGUUAGACCAAGGCCUCCCCUGCAUAAAAAGAGCUACCCCUAUCAGCGAAACGCCAAUCAACAAAGAGGACAUGUCACUCACGAUCGUGUACACUGGAAUGAUGACUACAUAGACUCCCACAUGAUCACCCGAAAUGACCGCAACGUCUACCUUGGGUCCAGCAGCAUGCGUGACACUCGUUCCUAUGGUUACCACUAUCCUCAGGGAUGCUCGAGAGAUGACUAUUACAGUUACGACCCUCAGUCGCUCUCUCGAGGCUUUACAUUGAGCUUGCCAGGAUUCAGCUUUCCACGGUGAUCUUAGAUAAGUGAGAGUAUUUCAGAAAUUUUAGUUUCAGUAUUUGCAAAUCUGUGGUCUUUUUAAUUGGAAAAGCAAUAAAGUUUGAGCUUAGGUCAAGUUUUGCAUGCAAAGUGAAAUACCCCUUUGCAUGCAACAAGUAUUUAUUUGAAUUUUACUUUUGUUUUUGGGAUGAUCAACCAAGGUCACUGACCAGUCCAAUAACUCUUUUUUAUAACAAGCUUUUUAUCCACGGCCUAAGUUGGAAGGAUACAAAAUUGGCAUUGUCUGUCUUUCUUUCACAAACUUUUUAGGGCUUUAUUUUAGUACUUUAUGAGUGAUCAAUGUGGAGAAAUGCCAUGCACAAGAAGCAUAACCCUACCCUGUCUUAACUUAAAUAAAAGUUAUUGGCCUUUGUUGUUUUGUUUGAUGUUACUUUUAAGGGCUAUAUCUCAGAUAUGAUACACUAUUUCAACAUGAGAUUUCAUGGGUGUGUUAUAACAACAAGGAGAAGUGCCAUGCACAUAAAUGUACAUAAGCCAUUAACCUACACCUUGGUAUUUUUGUUUUGGCGUUGUCCGUCCGUCCGGAGCCAUAUCUUGGAAGUGCUUUGGCGGAUUUCAUUGAAACUUGCUAUGAGUAUAUAUAUGGAUAAGAGGAUGAUGCACGCCAAAUGGAAUUGUACACCAUCUGUUAAUAACAGAGUUAUGGCUCUCUUUGUGUUUUGAAAAAAUGCUGUUUUGUGUGUCCGGAGCCAGAUCUUGGAAGUGCUUUGGCGGAUUUCUUUGAAACUUGAUCUGAGUAUAUAUAUGGAUAAGAUGAUGAUUCACGCCAAAUGGCAUUGCACACCAUCUGUUAAUAACGGAGUUAUGGCCCUUUGUAUCAUGAAAAAAUGCUUUUUUGAGUGUCAAAUAUAACACUUGUGUCCAGAAGCAUUUUGGCGGGUGAUAUCAAUUCAACAAAUUUGCUUGUUUUAUUUUAGUUCUGCACCCAUCCAUAAAUAAAUGUGGUGGGGAAUAUCAAUUGUAUGAAUUUACUGGUUGUUUAAGAAUUGCACAUAAUAACAGCUUAACAUAUUUAUGAGCCAUUUGGCUUAAAACAUAUUUUGCUUGAGAUGUAUUAAACUUCUGUAUGAAGGGGUAAGUUUUUGCAAAGUUGUAUACCUUAAUGGUUAAUUUGAUAGGAAUUGGUGAACAGUAUUCUUUGCUUACAACUGUUAAACAGUUUCUUGACUGUGGCCUAUGUAUUAAUUUAGAUUCUAACACGGCACGCGACUGGUUUUAUAUAGACAAAGAAGGAAAUCAAGUGUGGGUUAUUCUGCAAUAAAUUAUGGACGGAGCUUAAUGUUUCGAAAAUAGUUCCAAAUAAAUAAAUAAAAUAUUGCAGUUAAAUGCAUGGCUAAACCCCGCUCUAAAAGAAAUGUAAUAAAUGUAGGCUGUAGCAUGUAUACAAAUGUUAUGAAACAACAAAUUGUAUAUUUGGUGAUAAGUGGCUUAACCGCACCUACAAAGAAUGUUAUUGUUAGGAAACGUUAGUUUGAAAACAUUUAUAGCAUGUCAGCUUUUCAGUAGCAUUAAUAAAUGUGGUGUCAAUUA